CGCAAAAGCUUAUAACUAAUUGGUUGAUGAUGCAUAUAAAAGAUAGAAUCCCAUUGUAGGAUAUAGUUGUUUCUCCACAAUUACCAUGAUGUACACAAAACAGAAAUUGAUCGUACAGCUAUUCCUCUUAACAUUUAUAACUACAGUCAUCAGUUCUAAAGUCGACUUUGAAAAACUGAACAUAGAAGGACUCCUCAGCAAUGAAGAGCGGACAAAAUCUGCUUUUGCCUGUCUCAUGGACAAGAAACCAUGUGGAGAAUGGCAAGGGUUACGAGAUACAAUUCCUGAGCUGAUAAAAACCAAAUGCGGCGCAUGUACUCCAAAAGAGAAAAAGAAGUAUGAUCACGUAUCCAAAGUUCUCCUCGAAAAGAAUCCAGAGAUUUUUAAUGCUUUAGUGUUAAAAUAUUCUGCCAACGAAAAUCCAUACCAAUAAACGAUAGACAUAAAAA